UUGCCUGGGAGCUCAGCCAGAUGACCCAGCUCACGGAGCUGAGUGUGGCUUUCUCCACACUGACUGGGAAGAUCCAGAAACUGCUCGGUUCACAUGCAUCUCUCUGCCCCACCGAGCUCGUGAGCAGACAUUCUCUACAGGGACCCCUGUGGGCACUUCCUUACACUGGACCCACACAGAGUGCUGACAACACAGAUUUACCUUUCAGGAGCUGUGGACAAGGCCAGACCUGUCUGGUAAAGUGACCUCUUCACAACAUGCAGCCACACGCACCACUCUCUCGAGCGUGCAGUUCUGCCUUUUCAGCCCCAAAGCAGCCGCAGUACAUAGUGAAUGAGUGAGGCAGCAUCCCAAUAAAACUUUAUUCACGGCCACUGAAACUUGAAUUUCAUAUAAUUUUCCCAUGUCACAAACUAUUUUUCUUUUGAUUUGUUCAACUAUUUUAAAAUGUCAGGACCAUUUUAGGUCUCAGGCUGGACGAAAUCAGGCAGCUGAUGGAUUUGGUCCAGUUGUGGACUGCUGACCCCUGAGACAGAAUUUGCCUAACUGCCCCCAGAGCUCCUCACUAGGACCACCUCUCACCUCUGCUGUUUUCCACCCUGCCCUGCAGUCCCCUAAGAACCCCGCUGAGAGCACUGGACCUGGCCAACUGUUCCCUGAACCAUGCAGACAUGGCUUUCUUGGCAGACUGUACCCAUGCCACCCACCUGGAGGUGCUGGACCUCAGUGGACACAGCUUAGUCAGCCUUUUCCCUUCAACCUUCUUCAGGCUGCUGGGCCGGGCCGCCCAAACACUGAGGGUCCUCACCCUGGAGGAGUGCAGCAUCGAGGACCGUCACCUGAGCACACUGAUCCUGGCCCUGAGCCCCUGCCACCAGCUCCAGGAGCUCCGCUUCCUGGGGAACCCACUGUCGGCCUCUGCCCUGAGGCGCCUCUUCCUGGCUCUCUCUGAGCUCCCCAAGCUGCGGUGGGUGGAGUUCCCGGUGCCUAAGGACUGCUACCCUGAGGGUGCCGCCUACCCCCAGGACGAGCUGGCCAUGUCCAAAUUUGACCAGCAGAAAUACGACAUGAUUGCCGAGGACCUGCGUGGGGUGCUGCUGCGGGCCGGCCGGGAUGACAUCCAAGUUUCCACACCAGUCUUUGGAAGUUUUGACCCAGAUAUUCAAGAAACAAGCAAUGAACUUGGAACUUUCUUACUGCAAGCUUUCAAAACUGCCCUAGAAAACUUUUCCAGGGCACUGAAACAAAUGGAGUAGGUAGGCCCUGCAACAGGCCACGGCGGGUCUUGCAUUUCAGCCAAUCAAUGGGUGACCCUGGGGUCAGCAGCUUGGCCGAGUGUUUGUGCCCUCACCACCAUCAUCCAAAGCGUUUCUUAGUCAAAGUUGUACAUGGUAUGUGUUAGGCACUAUACGAGAGGAAGCCCUGCCUCCCAGUAGAUGUGACACGAGGCCACUUUAGCGUCAAAGCACAGCGGGCAUGCUGGAGCAAGAAAUGCCCUGGGGUCAGCAGGAGCCCCCACCACA